UAUGAUAAUUAUUACAAAGUUUUAUUUAAAAAUUAAUAUAAUGCGUGUAUGCAUGUGUACGCAAAUGAUGCAACUGAGCUGGCCAUAGAUGAAAUUCUUGGGGAUUUAUUAAACAGCGUAUGAAUCGCAACCGGUAGGAUCGAAAUCCAUCGAUCGAUGAUUUACGCGCGUGUUUACUUGUUAGCGUACGUGUUUACAUUUUUUUUACCGAGUGCCGCUCGAGCGCAGUAACGAAAACCACGACCGUUCCUACUCCAUCGAGCAUUUCGUAUUCGUGGUUCAUCGUAUCAGGACGUUAGCGUUAUUCGACAUGAAGAGUCUGUGCUGCAUAGGACUAUCUUUGGCAACUAGAAUUAUCAGCACCUACUCGAUGUCGGUCUCGAUACUCAUGAUAAACUUGCUAAUGAGCAACUAUUUCUCAAGAGUAACGGACGACGAGUUCUUCGAUACGGCGGAAGGUUGGGGUCUCCUCGGUUUAAAUUGGAUGCAGAUCUUAAGAACUUCGCAGUUUGAUAGGAAAGCUCAGACAGCUGUGGUGUUCUUCCUCGUGUACGCGAUAUCGUUCUUUCUGGCCAGUGCGUAUCUCGCCUUAGGAUCGAUUUCAAGGAAACCUAAGUGCGCCGUGCCUUGGAUGUAUUUGCAAAUGAUUAGCAUAAUAGAUCAGUCCGUGGCGCUGUCUAUUCAUCUGACGCACGGACUACAAUACGAUGUUUACGAUAAAUCAAUAUGGUACAUUCCGACGUCCAGCGUCUAUUUACUAUUGAGCGUUUACUUGUGGACGAUCGUGCAAGCCACUCGAAAGGAAUGGGCGACGGAGCAACAGUGUACAGAUUUACCAUUAACGGAAGUCAUGUCACCGCAGGACAAUGGUAACGGGCCGAAGUCGCCGUCCUUUCUCUCGCAGAACUUCUCGUUAUUCGAGUCGCCCACGAUUUUACCGAAGUAGCUAAAAGCGAUAUUACGCGCAAAUUCCAAAGACAAACUGUGAACGUUUCGCGUCUAUUUUCGUUCGUUUCGCCAGAAAAACGAUCAAGGAUCAAGGCAAGACUAAUUGUCUAGAUAAUUUCUGCGUAAAUGUUCAAGUACCUUUAAUGUUAGCGAGUCUAUUUAUAGCUACAAGCGUUUUUAAAGCGUUAAUCAAAAUCGACGGUUGUUUCCAAGUUAGGCGCAUACGAGUCUUGCAUGGGUAGCUCGUUUUUUUGUUGCUUGUCCCGAUGCCCAAGAGCAGCUCCGUUUCUAGGAAAGAUUCGAAUCUUAAGUCCGCAUAAUAACCAUUGAUCACUCGCCAGUAAUGGAACCGCGGCGAACUACUAGAAAUACGAAUCCCGCAACGGGGAAAAUGUAUAAUAACGCGAGUAACUCGAUAAAUCAGUCCGGGGAUGCGACUAAUAGAGUGUAUCAAAUGCGCCCGGCGGCGGACCGUGGCUGCAUAGGAAAUAUGAGAAAUGGUCGCGUUUUACGUCGAAAUACUUUUAAACUUCCGGGGAUUUGAAUCGCGCGCAAGCAUAUUCCCUGUACGGAGACCGGCGUCUCCUCGAUGGAGGUCGAUUUGUCCGAAAAUGGUCGGAACUUUUCACGAAACUCCCGAGAAUAAUGACCGCGCUGCACAAUGCCCGAUAGAAAACGCGAUUUAUCUCGGGCAUUCCGAAAUAUCACGUGCCUCCACGCGAUCGACUUUAUAUCCUUUUUGUAUAAAUGGAAUUAGUUUAAGCCGAGAGAACGUCUCGCCGACCUACGGAUAAUUUUUGUCGAUAACGAGAUUUGUCGGAACGUACAAAUUGACGCUCGCAAAAACUUCGGUAAGCUUCCCGUUGAACGAUACGGCUGCGAGCACGGGGAGGCAGGCGGCGAGGUACGCGAUGUGGUUGGUUGGUGGUGCUUUUAAAAAGAACUGAGCGAGCCAAUUUGUAGGCUGUCGCAAACUUUUAAAACACUAGUUGACAGCCGUGUCCCGCCCCCGUCGCAGUUUCUGCACCCUCUCCGACGUUCGUCCAACCAUCCAGAAGGAUUCCAACGACUUUUUCCGUCUUUCUCCGUCGAACAGCGAAACCCACCCCCGUGUCGUGGAAGCCGAUGGAUUGUAAAAUAAAACUAACUUGGCUCUUUCGUGGCUCGGGGACGGAGUACCAGCGAAAUCUUAUUCCCUCGGGACUCUUUUAUUUUCGUGUACCCCUUUUUUUCUACACCAGCCAGCCAGGGCGCAAUCGCGAGCAGGGUGGGUAUCGGUGAGUCGUGUUCACUCAGGAGAAAUGAGAAAGUUUUUAUCCGAAUUUAAAACCAAUCGGAUAUUGUAGCCAUCUGCGGCUGUUACGUUCUUAAGUCACUUCCUGUGUAAGUUUUACGACGUCUAAUGUAUUAUCGAUUCCCUCGAAUAAACGGAAUAAACUUAUGAACUGAUUCA